GCCAUUACCCAGGCAGUGUGAGAGCCUGACCUCAGACGCGGGUCUUGCUUCACCUCAGGGACUUCUCUCUGCCGUGCCUGUGGUCUGAAAGUGAGGGUGACUAGGAGAGAAGGAAUUCCCUGGGGAAGCAUGAGCAGUCUUCCUUUCUCCUCUGCCCCUCCCCAUCCCCUGAUCUACAAACCUGCCAGAAGCUGAGGUUGCCUUCACACAACUUCCACAGCUGGGAAGGUCUACUCAGGACUGGAGUGCACUGAGGGCUGCUCUGCUUUCCCUUCCUGCAGAAGGACCAGCUCCCUGCAGACAGCCGGACAGCCGGACCUGAGAAUAUCUGACACUGGCUAAUGUACGAAGAAAAGAUGCUUAUGGGCUUACAUUUCGAAGGCUGGCGAGUUUGAGAUCGGGGGCCACAUCUGAUGUCCUUGUCGGGGAGACUGCGGCCCCCCAGUGGAGAGGGGCAUCCUGUGGUGGAAGGGGUGCUCAUAUGCAGAGCCAAACAGGCUUUAAUGACAGACCUGCUUCCAAGAUAACCCGCGAAUCAACCCAUCAGCCCAUGAGCUGAUUAACCCUUUCCCAGGGACUCGGGACAUAAUCACCUCCUAGCAGUCCUGCCGGUCCCACCUCUCGGUGUGUCACAGCAGAGCCAGCUUCCACACGAGCGCCGCCGGGCACGGUCACACUCAGCACUACCCUAGACUCUGUGCAGCAGAGCUAUUUCUGGGGCGCUCCUCUCGGUCAGUGGCCUCCCUUUCGCUCAGCCCUUCCUUUGCUACAGAUGGGCCCUUGGCUCCAGACGGCUGCCUUCCCUCUUCUCGGUCUGAUCCUGCUUCUCUGGAGCCAGGUGCCCGGGCUCCAGGGCCACGAGUUCCGGUUUGGGCCAUGCCGAGUGGAGGGAGUGGCUCUCCCCAGCCUGUGGGAGGCCUUCCGGAGCCUGAAGGACACUGUGCAAGCUCAGGACAACAUCACGAGCAUCCGGCUGCUGCGGCGAGAGGUCCUGCAGAACGUCUCGGACACUGAGAGCUGCCACCUCAUCCACGACCUGCUGAAGUUCUACCUGAACACUGUGUUUAAAAACUACCACCACAAAAUCGCUGAGUCCAACAUGCUGCCCUCCUUCUCUACCCUGGCCAACAACUUUGUUUUCAUUGUGUCAAAACUUCAACCCAGUGUGAGCAGAACACCAGGCUCAGGAGCCUGGGAAAUUGUGUGCUUGGGGAAUAUUCCCCUCCCCUUAUGCUGUCCUGGCUUUAAUCCACAACAGGGAAUUGUGGGUGUCAUGGAAGUGGGUCCUGGGUUCGGGUCUAGGUUUGCUUCUAAUCUGCUGGGUGACAUUUUGCAAGGUGCUCGGCCUCUCUGGGCUUCAGUUUUAUCAGCUGGAGAAUGGAGGUGACGACGCUGCCAUGGUGGGGGGGCUGUUGAGGACACGGGCAUUGCCUCUGCCCUCUCGGGCGUGGAAGCCCCUGCGACAUUGCCAGGAGUGGAGAGUGAGGGUGUUUGCCGCUAACCCUGCCCAGCUCUGGCACAGCUGUGUUUUAUUUCUCUGUCAUCCAGCAGAAGAAUGAGAUGCUCUCUGUCAGUGACAGAGCGCGUAGGCGGUUCCUGAUGUUCAAGAGAGCGUUCAAACA